CGUACUACAAUAUCAUGGUACUUUUCGAUCGACUUGACGACGACUAUAGAGAAAGAGCUACUGAGAUAAAGCUCAAGUUGAAGUGAGUUAGAAGAGGUGUUAGAGAGCAGAGAGAAAUCUCGCUGAUGGCGGCUGCAUGUAGUCGCUCAAACUACAGCGCAACGCGCAUUCUAUUGCGAGAAAAAUAAUAAAUCUUUUCAUUGGGAAACAACUGUCGAUCAAGCCAGUUUUUCUUUACCAGUUUAUAACUGAUUCUGUGUGCAAGCAGUGAACAAUAGGAAAAUUUGUCAAAAAAAAAAAAGCUAAAGAAAUAUAAAGUGUGAAAAGAAUUGAUAUUGAAGAAGAGAAAAAAGAAGCUUAAGAACAAGUGUUAAAAAUAAAAAUUGAUAAAAGAAAGUGAGAAAAAUUUGAUUUUUUUUUUCAUCACUAGUUGUGUGAAAUUAGAAGUUGAAAUCUUGAUAAGUUUGAUUGUUCAUCAACAAUAAAAAAAAUUUAAUUGAUUAAAUUAUUCGCAAAUGGAGGUUAUUGAAAGAUUCAGUGGUAAAUCUAAAGUGGAAGCAUUGUUAAAUGAAGGGUUGAAUUUUUUAUCAGCAGAAAUGAAGUAUGAUCACUUCAAAAAUGUUCAAAAGAGUUAGAAAAGGAGCUCUCAAUGAGCUCCAGUGCCUUGAGAUUCUAGUUCUCUUGUGAAAAUAAUUGCAUCGAAUCGAAUGGUCGAUAGGCCAAGAGCUCAAGCAGACGAGAGGAAAACGUUAGAAGAGUCUCUGAUAAAUGGUAUCGUUGUGAGCAGACGAAGGGCUUCCCACCUGUAACCGCUCGAUAGAGCCGUCGGUUCGAAUGCUGCGAGUAACACAAAUCCCUUUGGAUAUAAACGCCUACCUGUACAAUAAAAAUAUCAGUGAAAAUAAUCAAAUAAAUUUUCAAUAGUUAUUUUCUUUAUAGUGAAUCUUAGAUCAAUAUUUGUCAUGACUAAUCGAAUAAUACAGUGAUUGAAUGCUGUCGAAUGAUUAAUAUGCACGAGUUUAAAACGUCAGACGAUCAUGAUUAAUUUCCAGCUGUGUCUACGGAAGUCGAGGUGCAUGAGAAACCCGAGACACUUGGAUGAAGCCCUCAUUAUUCCUCUUCUCUCACUGUGGAUUAUUGGAUCAUUUUGUGUUAAAGACAUUCCAAUAUCUCAUGUUGUUGCCAUUGUUGGACAUCCUACGUAUCUUCCUUGUGACAUAUCCACCAAUCAUGAUGGCGAUUCAGUUCAUUUAAUCCUUUGGUACCGAAAUGAUUUAGGAGCUGCGGUCUAUAGCAUUGAUGUGAGAGGCCGAGAUUUUAGCACCGCUGAAAGAUGGUCCGAUGAUUCAGUCUUCUCCAAUAGGGCAUAUUUUAGAACUGAUCAGAAACCAGCUAAACUUGAAAUCAAUCCAAUUGUUGAAAAAGAUGCUGAGAUUUAUAGGUGUCGAGUGGAUUUUCUUAUUGGACAGACACGUAAUUACAAAGUUAAUCUCACUGUCAUUGUUCCACCGAAAAAAAUUUCAAUAACAGACGUAAACGACAUCACAAGAGAGAAGCAAGUUGGACCUUAUCUAGAGGGUGCUGAACUAAAAUUACAUUGUAAUGUGCAUGGAGGUAAACCACCACCUACGGUAACAUGGUAUCGCAAUGAUAAAGUAAUUGCCAGUGAAGAAAAGACUGUAAGAGAAGGUGUCAUUCGGAGCACUAUUGUCAUAAAAAAUUUAGGACGUCAAGAUGUACAAUCUGAGCUUACUUGUAGUGCUAACAAUAAUAAUAAAUCUACUCCCUUAUCGUCAACCGUCCGGAUUGACAUGACUUUUCCUCCUCUCAAUGUGAAAAUAAUUGGUGACAAUCAACCACUAUCAGCCGAUAAGAGAUGCGAUUUGGUGUGUGCUACCUCAGGUUCGAGACCUCCAGCCCACGUCACUUGGUGGUUAGAUGAACAACGUUUAAGUAAUUCUAAUGAAACGACAUCGGAUGACGGUAAUGUGACAACAAGUGUUUUGUCAUUCGUUCCUAGUAAAAAUGAUGAAGGGAGACUGUUGUCUUGUCAUGCCGAAAAUCAAAUUAUGGGCAUAAAGUAUAUUAAAGAUGAGUGGAUUUUGAAGAUUCAUUAUAAACCAGAAACACAAAUUCAACUAGGUGCAUCGUUGAACAGAAACACAAUUCGUGAAGGGUCGGAUGUUUACUUUGACUGCUUGAUACAUGCUAAACCCGGAGUUUACAAGGUCGAGUGGCGGCAUGACAAACGUACACUUCAACAUAAUACGACACAGGGGAUAAUAAUAAGCAACCAGAGUCUAGUGCUACAAGGUGUAGAGAGAAGGAGCGCAGGUAAUUAUACUUGUGUUGGCUACAAUACUGAAGGUGAUGGCGAGAGUUCUCCAUUUCACCUAAAUGUCAUGUUUGCACCGACCUGCAAACCAAACCAGACCAAGAUUCAUGGAGUUGCUAAGCAGGAAAAAGCUAAUAUCUCAUGUCAAGUUGAAGCUAACCCCCCGGAAGUUGAAUUCCGUUGGACAUUCAACAAUUCUGCGGAAAGCAUUGAUGUCGCUGCUGGACACAUCGUUAAGUCUGGAACAACUUCAACUGUAUCUUAUACUCCCAUGACCGAAUUGGAUUACGGUACAUUACUUUGCUGGGCCAGUAAUACCAUUGGUAAUCAGCUCGUACCUUGUGUUUAUCACAUAAUCCCUGCUGGACAUCCUGAUAUGGUACACAAUUGUACUACUCACAAUACAUCAACGAGUUCUUUCUCCGUUAGAUGUUCUGAGGGAUUUAAUGGGGGCCUACAACAAUCAUUUCUCUUAGAAGUGCGUGAAAGCAACUCUCAAGAAAUUCGGGCUAAUAUAACAUCGCCAGUUCCUCAAUUUAGCGUAACUCAUUUAGACCCAGGACUCCUUUACCAAGCAUGUAUUUUUGCAUUUAAUGAAAAAGGACGAAGUGAACCCAUGGUUGUUCAAGCUGGAACUUUACGACUGCCUGAGAAACAAUUGACAUCAGAGACCGGAAAAUCACGUGAGAGGACUCGACAUCAUGUGAAACUAACACCGAUGCUUAGUGUUAUGAUCGGUGUUGUAGCAGCUCUCGUAAUCGUUGCAGUGAUCGUCAUGAUAGUACUACGUAUUCAAAAUGGUAAUCCAGAUGAUCAGGGAAAACCACAUUUAGAGGAUCAUGAUAAGAAUACCAAAGUAAUACCAAUUCAACGAGAAUUAAGAUUUCGGGAAGGAUGUCAUCUUUUAACCGAAGAGAAACAUACGAGUGCAUUUGGAAAGUCUCUUGAAGCAAGUGGAGAAUUGAGCGAAGGGGAUGAUAAAAAUCCUGAUAUUAUUCCUCAACAAGUUUCUAACCCAGUAGAAGAACCAACGGAAUAUGUAAGGAAACGCCGGCUUCAGGCAGUAUCAACGAUAGACACUUCACCCUCACGAAGUUUGAUUGAUCAACCAACCAUGCAAUCACAGUCUCUUGGAGCGCCUGGGAAUUACGUUGGUUACUGUACUAUCCGAAGUGGCAUGCCUUUACGUGAAUUAACUGCUUUGGGGUCAGCAAAACACAAAAGUUUUCAACCUAUGCUUGGUGAGCAAGUAUACGGUACAGGAAUGUGUACACUACCAAGGCAACAUUGGCCAAAUCCUGGUGGUCAUCAAUCGUUGACGAUGACAAUGAAUCCGCCCGUUCUUUACACAAGUCUGGGAGUAGCGACUCGGACGUGCCCUAGCACUACUACGAUACUAAGUAAAGAUUUAGAAACAUCAACAAGAGUUCAACAGAGAUGCGUGCAAGGCGGUAAGGACUCAAAUACAACGACAAUGACUCUGCCUAGCGGUCCUGUAACCAAGAGGGAAAGCUCCGUGUGACCUAAUAUUCACUAUUUGAUCAAGAUCUCUCGCUCGUCAGCCUUAUCCUUCUUUCUAUCACUUCCACACGUUUCCAAGUCGCGUUUUACGGCGCCGAUCGAUUUAUUUCGUCGCAAGAGGUAAGUAAACCGAAGGUCCUAUAUUUUUUGCCUCUCUACGUUCGAUCAAGUGCCCUUUUUAUACAUUUACAAAGGACUUAAUUAACUACUUUUGUCAAAAAUAAAAUUUAUGUCAUAAUUAUUAUUAAUUAACAAAAAAAAAAAAAAAACAACAAAAACAUUUUUAAAUAAACAAAACAAAGAGAUUAAAAGACAAAAAUUACGGUAUGAGUGAGUGAAUAUAACAAAUAAUAUUUCAAUGUCUUGUAAAUACUCUGAAUAUUGAAUAUUUUAUACACAUUUCUAGCACUUCAUUAUUCAUCUUUGCCCAUAUAUAUUUUAAUGACGUUAAAUUUAUUUCAAAUCACCAUGUGACGCCACUGACAUUUACUUAAUGGAUAAAUAUAAAUAAUAAAUACAAAUAUUAUAUAUAUAUAUAUAUAAAUAUACACAUGUGUAUUAAAUUUAACACUAAAUUUAAGUUUUAAAUAUUUACUUGGAAUCAAGCAGACUCGAUGACAGUUUGAAAGUAUAUUAAAAAAAUGUAACAAUUAUAUUAUAUUAAUAAAACGAAAUAAGGCAGAAGAAAAAAGAAAAUUAAUGAGAAAUGUGAAUUAAUAAUAAUAAUAAAGUAAAAAAAAAAGAUAAACGAGACAUAUCGUUCAGUUUUCCAUCACGGAAACCGAGUUGUAUAGAAAAAAAAAUCAAGUAGAUAAUAACAGUUAUUACUACUACUACUACUAUUAUUAUUAUUAUUAUUAUUGUUGUUAUUAUUAUAUUAAAUAAUAUUAUUAGUAUUGUAAAUGCCGUGCAAUGAAUGAAUAUCUAGCUAAGGGGUGAAAUCGAUCUGCUUAAUUCUAUUCAAUAUUGAGAAAAAAAAUUAAUUCUACUGAGUAAUAUAAGUGCUUUCUACAUGUAUCGAUUAAUAUUUUUUUAAUUUUUCUAUAAAAUGAUAUAAACUAUUAAAAAGUUUCCAAUGUUAAUAUUAUUGAGAGGUUCUUCGAUAGAUAUUGAUUUUUAAUAUUAUCAAUAAUCUUUGAAAAAGACGUUAAAUUUGAUUUAAUUUGAAAUUUUUUAUUGAGAGAUAAUUUUUUUUCUCAAUUCAACUUGUUGUAACAUUUGGUACAACAAAAUAUGUAUAAUGUGUAUAAAGAAAAUCUCUUUACGGUAGAUAAAUAAUCUAAUUCAUGAACGUGGAUUUUAAAUGGUUAAGUGAAACGUGAAAUAUGUAAAAUUCCAAUAAAAUUCAUUACUAAAUGUUUGUUAUUACAUAAUUGGUUGUCCCAAUUCAGUAUUUUUACUAAAAUUAAAUCUAAAUUUAUGAGAACAACA